GUGUGCAGGGCUGAUGUACAUGCUCCUGAAGCACCUGGUUGACAGGUACAACAUGUACUACGCUUACCUGCCCUCCAAACUGGACAAGAAGAUCCACUCUGGAGCUGUCAAUCAAGUGGUGGCUGCACCAAUCCUGUGCCUGUUCUGGCUGCUCUUCUUCUCCACCGUCAGGAUAGGCUUUCUGACUCCGACCUCCAUGUUCACGUUUGUGGUGCUCAUCAUCACCAUCGUGGUCUGCCUGUCGCAUGUGUGUUUCGGCCACUUCAAAUACCUCAGCGCACACAACUACAAGAUCGACACCAAAGACACCGAGGUUGACGGUGUAGAGAAUGGACGUCCUGCCAGAUCUUCACCCUCUAACAAAUCUCAGCAGAUGUACAUCGCCCAGGUCCUGCAGGACCCAAACUCAGACGAGACUGGAGCAGGCAGUGGAGAAGACGACGGUCAGGGCUCCUCGCAGGACGAGGAGAUGAUCAACGCCGGAAACAGCCUGAACGAAGCCGAUUUCCAGUCCGGAGAGGACAGUCUGAUCGCCAACGAAGUCCACCAGUAACACAGCAGAGCGCCUCAUGGCCUUCAUCUCUCUGUUUGUGUCCUGGUCUGACGCUGUGAACACAAUCGGCUCGAAACAUCAGCACCUUAGAAACCCACGUCUGCCAAAACACAGACUGUACAUACAGUAAAGCACACGCCAGCAAAUCAUCUCCUCAUGUGCAUGAGCGCCAGAAGCACAAGCAAACAUCCCGGAUCCAUCCUCCUGCUUAAAAAAAAAAAAAAAGUCCUGAUUUGGUUUUUAGUACCCACACGCCUCAGGAAAAAGGAGAACAAAUAGCAGGCUCGCCUUAACAGCGGAAUAAUUCGGCAGCGCUGCAGAACCGGCUCCAUUUGCUUGCUUCUUCUUCCUUCGCCUGAACGAUUGGAUUAAUGAAACGACCUCUGCAAUAGAAAAUCCCGGCUCCUGCAUCUUCAACCGCGUUCGCUGUACAGAACACUACUGACGCUCCUGCUUGCAGGAUUCUUCUCCCUAAUGUACAGUAUUUCCAGAGACGCGCACAUAUGUGUGUGUGUGUGUGUGUGUGUGUUGUCACUGAACGACCCAUAUUCCUACCUUUCUUUCUUUUGGUACUUUUAAUGCUCAUUAUGCCUUUAACAGAUGUGUUUGUACGCCUGCAAACGGAGUAGCGAAGCUCUCGUAGCACAGUAGAAAGCGCUCGCCGCUCUAACAGACGUUUAAAGGGAUGCACUGCAAAGAAAGACUGUUUCCGUUGUCUUGUUUCUAGUCCAAAUAUCUAAAAAGUGUUAAAUCAGGAAGCAUUUUCUAGACGAGCAAAAAAUAUUGUGUUGUUUCAGAAAUAAUGAGUCAAAAUUCAGUGUGUUCUUCCUUUAAAUAAGCUGAAUGAUCUACCAAUGGGGUAAACAGAAUAAUGUUACAUCAAAGACUCAACUAGAUUAAUUAGCUGACCCCAUUGGCUGAUUAUUUAGCUUGUUUUAAGGAACAAUGCACCUACUUUUGACUUAUUUUUUUUUACAAAAUUUAAGAUAUUUGGACUAGAAACAAGACAGAAAUGGUCCCACUUUAUAUUAGGUGGCCUUAAAUAAUAUGUAGUUGCACAGAAAGUGUAUACCUGCAUGUAGUAAUUAUUUGUGUAAUGUCAUUUAUAAUCACACUGUUGACCAUCCUUUACACCAGGCAUGUCCAAACUCGGUCCUGGGGGGCCGGUGUCCUGCAAAGUUUAGUUC